AUGAUCGCUUUCCAUCAACUGAUCCUCAUCUGUCUUCUACUAAUCUUGAGCACACAAUUCAGUAAUGGUUUGCAAUGUUACAUAUGUGAGAGUUGUAAUGAUCCAUUUGACCCCAGUAGCGCUAAUAUAACUACAGUUCCUGAUGAUUCAAAUAUUUCCUGUUUGAAAAGUAAAGCUUUUUCAUUCGUAAGUCGAGGUAUACUGGCAAAUUGCAAAUCAUCAAAUCUUCUUUAUAAUGGUAUUUGGUGUUGUGAUAAAAACUUGUGCAAUGCUGCUGCAAAACCAAUGCUGACUAGUAUACCUUUCCUGAGCAUUAUAAUAUUGGUCAAGGGAAAACUCUUAUAA